AUGGUCCAGAGUCUAAAUGUGUCUGGCAUUGUAAAUGCUUUUCGAGUUCUUCGCAACCCAAGCCUAAUUAUCCCUCACUUGGUUGUAGAUGACAUACGGCAAAUCGAUUACAAAAAGUUGAAGCAACAGGGAGUCAAGGUGAUGGCUUUUGAUAAGGAUAACUGUUUGACUGCCCCAUACGAGAACCGUAUAUCGGCUGAUUUUGAGCCGGCGUGGAAGCUUUGCAAAGACACAUUUGGUCACGACCGAGUGAUCAUUGUCUCCAACUCGGCUGGUACAGAUGACGACAAGAACCAUCAACAGAUAAUGCCUGUCCUGCGACACGCCAUUAAAAAGCCAGGUGGUGGAGGUGCACUAUUGGAGCGGUUUCAGCACGUCGCAAAGCCUCGAGAGAUGGCCAUGGUGGGGGACCGCUUAUUCACAGAUAUACUUUUCGGAAACCUGAAUGGCACCGUCACCGUCCUGACGCGGAAAAUCAUUAGCGAAAAGGGCGACAAUGCUAUAGCGGCGAGAAUACGACGGUUCGAGCAUCGUUUGCUGGACUUUUUACUGAAACGGAAGGUAGACCCUCCGACAAUUGUUGAUAACUAG